CAGGCAGCCUACAGAGGACAAGGUUCACUGGAAAAAACCGAAGCUGCGCUGACAUACGAACAUGAUGAUGUUUGUGUGGAACGCGGUGAGGAAAGGCGGCGUAAUGAGGCAUGCAGAAAGUGUUGCGCUGCUGGAAAGCAAAGUUCUCAAAGGAAAUCCCACUGACACAUAACAGGGAGUCCCCAACAUGCCAACCAGCAGCUGGUGUCACUGCGGCUUUAACCUGUGAACGCACAACACAACCAGCAGACAUGGACUUCAGCGGCACCUGGAAGGUCUAUUCUGAGGAGAACCUGGAGGAGUUCCUCAAAGUCAUAGGAGCUCCUGAGAUCAUCGUGAAGAUGCGUAAGGAUGUGAAACCAGUGAUGGUGAUCGAGCAGAAUGGCAUGGACUUCACCUGCACCAUGAAGACUCCGUUCUGCACCAGGGUCAACCACUUCUCCAUCGGGAAGGAGUCGGAAAUCUGCUCUCUGGAUGGCAGGAAGUUGAAGUGCACCGUCAGGGAAGAAAACGGGAAGCUGAUAUGUGAGACCAACAAGUUCACUUCUGUCCGAGAGAUCCAAGGCGACGAGAUGAUCGAGAUGGCCACAGCUGGAACUGUAACCUUCAUCAGCAGAAGCAAACGAGCCUGAGCGGCACAGGAGCCACUGCAAGCAGCUCUGGAUGUCUCCUCCUAAAGAUGUUGAUCUUUAUUUGAUCACAAACACUGUUAGAAUAAAUAAAGAUUUUUCUUUUAUGUCUGCGGUAUUUGAAGUUAAAAAAAAAAUGGCUCCAA